GUGCGUUCCGUUGUCAAUACCUGGCUACUAGAAUAAUAACAGGCAUUCGCCUGUUGAAGCAAGGGCAGCUGAAAGUAAAGCUGAGCAACGAGUUCCAGGCAAAGUUAAGGGAAAAACAAAUUUAUCCCUUAAGCUAUAAAAAGGACGUUGCCCCUACCCAACGCAAACAAGGAGGACUGGCGGACAAGCGUUGAAAGCAAACUAGAAUUGCGAGCAUGAGCGCCGUCUGCUCGCAGGCCCUGGGCGCCGCAGCGGUCCGCGUGUGCGCGGCGGCGCCCGCCGUCACCGCCCUGGCUUCCUCCGUCAGCUGCGCCCCACACAUCUGGGCCCCAGCCCGCGGCCUCAUCACGCCCAGCUUGUCGGCAGUAGCAGACAGCCACUCGCCGGCAGUAGCAGUAGCAGCGGCAGCAGCCUCGCACGGUGCGGUUGGGGACCGACCGGCCCGCGACUGGCCCCUGCCCUCCACCGCCUCCGCCUCCACCUCAUCCACGUACCUGUGGCAGCAGCGGCAGGAACGGCGUCGGCGUGGCAGCCCCUGGCCUGCAUUAGCUGCUGCGCCCGGACACGACAGCCAACACACACGGGCCUUCAGCUCUAACUUCAGUGGUGCUGGCAGUUCUGCCAGCGGUGGUGGUGCCAGGCCAGGCUUGGCGACCGCACCAGCACGUGGCGGUGCGGGGCAGGCGGCGGCGCCGCCGCGGCCGCACAUGGGCCCCGCCGGAGGCCUGGGCGCCGCCUCAGCCCCCGCGCCCGGCGGCGGCGGCUUUCAGGCGGCGUUAGGCGCCGCCAACCGCCUCCGUCAGCCCUCCGCCAUCAUCCCAUCCGCCACACGCGGCCCCGGCGCCGCAGGCGCCGGGUCGCCGCCGCCGCCCUUCGCCCCAUCGACAGCGGCUGCGGCAGCGCCUGCCCCGGCACCAGCGCCUGCAGCCGCCGCUGGCGCCGCAACGGCCACAGCGGCUGCGGUGCGGCAGCAGGCGGUGCGGCAGCUGUCAGUACAGCCGGAGGCGACCGUGUACGCGGGGCCGUCGCCGCGCAACCCGGCGCGUGUGACGCUGCGCACCAUUCGCAAGAAGUAUGAGCAGGGCGAGCAGCUGACCAUGGUGACGGCGUACGACUACCCCUCCGCCGUGCACGUGGACGCUGCCGGCAUCGACCUGCUGCUGGUGGGCGACAGUGUGGCCAUGGUGGUGCACGGCCACGACACCACACUGCCCAUCACGCUGGAGGAGAUGCUGGUGCACUGCAAGGCGGCGGCGAGGGGGGCGCGGAGGGCAUUCCUGGUGGGUGACCUGCCGUUUGGCUGCUACGAGACGGACGUGCGGGACGCGGUGCGCAGUGCGGUGCGCAUGCUCAAGGAGGGAGGCAUGGAUGCGGUGAAGCUGGAGGGCGGCAGUCCCGCCCGGGUGGAGGCGGCCCGUGCCAUCGUGGAGACAGGCGUGGCGGUGAUGGGGCACGUGGGCCUCACGCCCCAGUCCGUCAGCGUCAUUGGCGGCUUCCGCCCCCAGGCGCAGGUGGCGGAGGAGGCUCUGCGUGUGUUGGACCAGGCGCAGGCGCUGCAGCGGGCCGGCUGCUUCGCACUGGUGCUGGAGUGUAUUCCCGGGCCCAUCGCCGCCGCCAUCACGCGCUCCCUCACCAUCCCCACCAUUGGCAUCGGGGCCGGCGGCGAGUGCAGCGGCCAGGUGCUGGUGUACCACGACCUACUUGGCAUGAUGAGCCACCCGCACCACGCCAAGGUGACGCCCAAGUUCUGUAAGCAGUACGCCAAGGUGGGCGAGACCAUCAGCGCCGCGCUGCAGCAGUACCGGCAGGAGGUGGAGGAGCGGGCGUUCCCGGGGCCGCGCUUCUCGCCCUACUCCAUCUCCAGCUCCGAGGUCCACUCGCUGGCAGAGGCGCUGCGCAAGCGCGGUAUGGGUGGCGCGGCGCAGGCGGUGGAGGAGGAGGCGCACCGGGCGGCGGAGGCCAAGGCGCAGCUGGCGGCGGCAGCGGCGGCGGCGGGUGGCGGCGGGCCAGCUGGCAGCAAAGCACCCAAGUGAGCCGGAAGAGGGCUGCGCUGGGCGGUGUACGGGCGGUGUGGGGGCUGCACGCAAACGUCGAAUAAUUCGGGUGUAACCGAAAGAGAUGGGACCGCGUCGGCAUGUAACGAAUAAUGACUAAGCGGGCAUGGGCGCGAAAGCACGUGUGACACGGAUGCGCGGUGGUUCGCUAUGCCGCCGUCCCUCGGCGGCGCGCUGCUGUAUACAGAAGAACAAUCCGCAUGCACGACUUCGGCGCAAAAGCCAAUAAGCACACGGUUGACGCAAUUGCUAGAUUGUAGCCGAGCCGGGCAUUGCUCCUUAUGAAGGUAGUCGCUGUUGUUGUUACUCCGCUUCGUGUGCGGCGUUUAGCUUGCACACCGGAAGCCAGGGGGGAAAGGGUCGACCGGAGGAGCUGGGGCGUGGGAAACAAUCCCUCGCAUGAUCUUUGCGGCUGAAGAAAUUAGCGUGUGAGUGAUGACAGCGUUUGGUCUCCUGUGUGCGUCAUGUGUCUUCUCAUAUGUCAUAGAUGUGUGUGCGUGUGUGUGCCUGUGUGUGUAUGUAUGUCUGUGUGGGAGGGGGGAGGGGGCGGGGGGCCAGUGCAGUGCACGACGAAGAGUUGAUGCGGCUGCAGUUGGUGUUGAAGGCGGUUGAGAGGAAAUAUAAGCCACGGGGGCGCGCCUGUGUCAGAGAGCUCGGACCAAAGUGCGCUGUGGGGCUUUUAAGCGCUUGAUGGCGCCUGACUCGUGUCUAACUUGGAAGUCAUCUCACAAUGGCGCCCGACAUUAGAUUACCGAUGGGAGCUAGCCCCCGCUGUCGUCUUUCAGAACGCGCAUGACAGGCCAUCGAGAGGAGCGUGUUGAGGAAAGGGGCCUGGCUCCUGGCGGGUAUCCGCAGGUUGUGGGUGCCCCAACCUUGCCGCCAUGUGGGGCUGGGCCGCACACAUGUGCACGUUGCAAACACAUACGGUAUA